AUUUCACAAAAUAAAAACCUCUCUCAGUUCUUUGAGUGAGCUAGGUCGUAGCUCUUGUGUGUGAUAAUUCAUACGUUGCAAUAGAAAAAAGAAAAAAGGCAACAUGGACGAAUUGGAUGGAGUGCCAAAGAGAAUUCUCUUUUAUCCCGUGAAAACAAGAACUCAAAUAGUCGCUUCUAUCUUAAUUCCAACAUUCAUGGAACUUUGUGUGUAUGUUGUGCUAACUACUGCUGACAUAACAAUAACUGUGCGUCAUUUCCAAUGUGGGGACUAUCUAUGGGGAGCACUAACUCUAACAUUCCUCUGUCUACCCGCCUUACUCUGCUUCAUCAUAAUCAUCGCAUCACCAUGGCAGUGGCCAGAUCAAAGUGAUUGCGCGGAAACCAAUAGCCAUUGGAAAUUCUUCCUCAGGCAACUGUUCAAUGUCUUGCUCUUCCCUCUGGGUGCCAUAUGGCGGUUCUGUCGACGAAUAUUCUGGUGUAUUGAAGCACUUUUUCAUGAACGUGAAUCAUAUGAGAGGCACCAUGCUGUCGGGAAAGCCAUUGAGCCUUCACCCUUCGAACUUUAUCACUUUCUGCAGGCCUUCACCCAGGCCGCCCCCCAAAUUAUUCUCCAAAUGAACAUUCUUCUGCGUGAGGAUGUCUUUCGGGACUACGAAACAACGAUCCCCCAAGUGAUAAGCGUUGUAUUUUCGCUAAUAAAAAUGGGAAUGACUGUGGAGUGUUUUCAGCGGUUUGAAAGUCAAAAAAUCGUUGGACGAAAUUAUCCGUGGCAAACAACAGAACAAUGUGCAAAGCACAGAAAGAAAUUAGAACAGACGAAAUUUACACCAAAAAAGUACUACAGGGAAAUAAGUGGAUUGUCCAAUACUGCUAUGGAAUUUCCGGAUGUUAUGAAAGGAUUUGAGGAGAAAUUUGGCUCAAAUGCCAAUGGGGAGCAUGAAAAUGGUGUGAAUGAAAAUGGUGGGGAUUGCAGGAAGACAUUGCAUGUGGAUCGGGAGAAUUUUAACAUGGAUAGUGCCAAAAUUCUUCGAAAAGCCUCCAUGGACUCACAAAUGGACGAUGGUGUAGUUUUACGACAUUCCUCCACCGAGGAUGAUGGUAUCAGGAAGUCCACCGUUACGCUGAGUACUACCACUCAAAAUGCAAAUGUAUCAGAGGAUGGUGGUAGUCACCAUCUCUCGGCUAGAGUGCCUACAGAGAGCCAAUUGCAAGAAGCACCGAUUUGGGAUGCAAUUGAGAGAGACACCACAGUUGUGCCCACCACUUUGCCAGCUAUUGAGGAGGAUGGUGAGUUGGAUAAUUUCGAUGAAGUUCCAAAGAGUGCACCACCACCCCGCCCGGAUUUGCCACCCUUUCGUGCUACACAAUUCUUCCUGGAACCACUGAAUCGUUUCUCCACGAUAAAGGAUAUGUUUCUCGUAAAUGCUGAACUAUACAUAAAGGAAAAUGUCCCAAGAUUGCCGCAGAAAGUACUAAAUCACGAAGUACGGACAGUGCAUAGAGGCAAUAAUAGGGAAUCAUAUAACUUUAAUGAUAAUUCCAAUCAUGAAAUAAUUCACGAGACCACCAAUGAAGACGGCAUAUCACUCCCAACAAGGAGAAAAAUGAUAAAUGGCAUCGAACAGGACGAUAUUCUUGGUAAGACCGUUGCAUUUAUGGGAUGGGUAUUGUUCCUACUCAUGAGAAUGCUAGCCCUAUCGCUUUUUGCGGUGUUCUACGUUAAAGCCACCGGCUACCUCUGCCUCAGUCACUACCUCCUAAUGCUCAUUUGGCUAUUUAUAGAGACGCGUUUCCACGAAAAAGCCGAACGGGAUUUGUUCUACAUUUUCUUAGCUUAUGUUUUCAUUUUCUCAAUAAUAGAAUUUAAAAUAAAAUUCCGAAAUAUACGAAUAUGGUAUCUACUGUACUGCGGUAUCGUGCUAACACAGAAUGUGGUCAUAACCCUCUGGUGGUACAUAACGGAUGAAUUUCAAUCUUGGUGGUUCCACUACUUGUUCACAAUGAUAUUACUCAGUGGUGCACUCAGUAUAGGGUGCCUCGUAACAUACUACAUUAUCCUCAAGCCAAGGGAUAAGGUACUAUUUGAAAUAACAAACCAAAGCCAAGAAACGUAGACACCGCAUACCAACUACAUGCUAUAGUUUUCUAAAGGAAAUUAAUUUAACAUGUUAUGUAUAACAAAA